AUGGCUGUAGUGUCAAACGCCCCACUCUUAUCAAAGUAUCUUAAUCUCGAUCAAAAAGGUUCAGUGCAAGUUGAAUAUGUUUGGAUCGAUGGUUUCAAUCAAUUACGAAGCAAAACAAAAACCGUGAACAAGAUCCCUACCUCUGCUGCCGAUUUACCCGAAUGGAAUUUUGAUGGCUCUUCUACAGGUCAAGCUGAAGGCCAUGAUUCGGAUGUUUUAAUCAAGCCGGUAGCUAUGUUCAAUGACCCAUUCCGUGGUGGUGACAACAAGUUUGUCCUUUGCGAAACCUUUAAUCCUGAUGGUACCCCUCAUAAAACAAACCAUCGCCACGCAUGUAACAAGAUCAUGCAAGCUCACGCCGACUCACAUCCAUGGUUUGGUAUUGAGCAAGAGUACAUGUUCAUUGAUCCUCAGAUCCAAAAGCCUUAUGGAUGGCCCCAACAUGGUUAUCCAGAGCCACAGGGCAAGUAUUACUGUGGCGUGGGUGCAGGCAAAAUCUUUGGUCGUGAUAUUGUGGAAGCACACUAUCGUGCAUGUUUAUAUGCUGGUAUCAAUAUCUCUGGUGUCAAUGCAGAAGUUGCCCCUGGUCAAUUUGAAUUCCAAGUUGGGCCAUGUGAAGGGAUCGAAGGCGGUGAUCAUUUAUGGGCCGCACGUUAUCUCUUGGAUCGCGUGAGUGAAGACUUUGGUGUUGCAGUGACGAUUCAUCCUAAGCCUGUUCAGGGUGAUUGGAAUGGUGCAGGCUGCCACACCAACUUUUCUACCAAAGAAAUGCGAGAAGAAGGGGGUAUUAAAGCUAUUGAAAAGGCUAUUGGCAAGAUGGCUAAACGUCACCUUGAGCAUAUUGCUGUUUACGGCGAGGACAAUGACCAGCGCUUAACAGGACGACAUGAAACAGGGCACAUUGGUACAUUCAACUAUGGUGUGGCUAACCGUGGUGCAUCUAUCCGUAUCCCACGUCAUGUUGGCAAAGAGGGCAAGGGUUAUCUUGAAGACCGCCGACCAGCAUCUAACAUUGAUCCUUAUCGUGUCACUGGUAUCAUUGUUGAGACGACAUUCCUCCCCGACAACUAA